AUGGAAUUUGUCAUGUUGCGUCCUCUCUGCCUGGAAUAUCCGAUAACUCACUUUCUCUUUGCGGUUUCCCCCUCAAACCUGCAGGGUCACUCCACAAGCCAAUCAGAUUCCCCACCUCUGUUUGUCCAAUCACUGCUCCGGGAUCAGGGCAAGUUACAAGGAGGAGGGAAGAAGGUGGCGGGUCUGGGCAUGCUGCACCAUCAGCAGAGUGCAAAACAACAAAAAAGGAAGUUGCGGGAUGAAGUUGAAAAAGCCGUCAACACAGUGCAGCGCUGCAGACACCCACCACGGAAGACAGCGAGAGAGAAAAUCCACUAUGCGAGACAAGAGAAGAGCCAGCGCGCCCAAAUACUAUUGCUGACGAGAGCACAGAUGGAGCUGUGGCGUCAGUGUGCUUCGUGGCUCAUCCACUGCAGAGUUCUACCAGAAAACCACCGGGUCACAUGGGAGGGCGCACAGGUGUGUGAUCUGGCCCAGGCACUCAGGGAUGGGGUCCUCCUGUGUCAGCUGCUCAACAAUCUUCUGCCCCACGCCGUCAACCUGCGGGAGAUUAACCUGCGGCCGCAAAUGUCCCAGUUCCUGUGCCUGAAGAACAUCCGCACAUUCCUGGGGGCCUGUCAAGAGAAGUUCCGCCUGAAGAAGAGUGAACUGUUUGAGGCCUUCGACCUGUUUGAUGUGCGCGACUUUGCAAAGGUGCUCAGUACCUUGUCCCUCUUGUCCCAAUCACCUGUUGCUUUACAAAGCGGAGCACAGCCUUUUCCUUUGGGAAGUUACUCUGCGGAUGAUGACAUCUACAACGGGCUGUCGGACCAGAUCGAUGACACGGUGGAAGAGGAUGACGACCUCUACGACUGUGUGGAGGAUGAGGAGGCUGAGGGAGAUGAGAUCUACGAGGACCUGAUGAGGACAGAGGAGCCCCCAGAGACGAGGACGGGGGUGGACAAGCGAGAGUGCUGCCUGAAGGAGAUCCAACAAACGGAGGAGAAGUAUUCAGAAACGCUGCAGUCCAUUCUUCAGCACUUCAUGAAGCCCCUGGUGCGGUUCCUUCAGCCACAGGACAUGGAGAACGUCUUCAUCAACAUAAAGGAUUUAGCAGAUAUUCAUCGGAACCUGCUGGAGCAGAUCCAAACUUCCAUCAUACAGUUUGGAGCCAAAACUCUACACCAGGUGUUUCUGAACAACAAAGAGAGACUCCUGCUGUACGGGCGAUACUGCAGCCAAGUGGAGGCAGCCACAAAACUUAUCGACCUGCUUUCUUGUACAAGAGAGGACAUCAGGAUGAAGCUGGAGGAAUGUUCCAAACGAGCAAACAGCGGGCGCUUCUCCCUGCGAGACUUACUCAUGGUGCCCUUACAGAGGGUGCUGAAGUACCCCCUGCUCCUACAGGAACUAAUGAAGCACACCACUGACCCCACAGACAAGGAGAAUCUGCACACCGCUCUGGACGCCAUGAGAGACUUGGCUCAGUGUGUGAAUGAAGUGAAGCGGGACAAUGAGAUCAUCAGACAGAUCACAUCUUUCCAGCUAUCUAUAGAGAACAUGAGUGAGUCCUUAGCCCUGUAUGGCCGGCCCAAGAUUGACGGAGAGCUGAAGAUCUGCAGCUCGGAGAAGAAGUCCAAACACGACAGGUAUGCAUUCCUGUUUGAUAAGGCUAUGUUUGUGUGCAAAAAGAAGAGCGGGGAAUUGUUUGAACUAAAGGAGACAGUUGACCUCCAGUACUACCAGAUUCGAGACGAGUCCUUAGGAGAGAGGGACAAGAAGUGGUCCCACCUAUUCAUACUGCUGGACUGCUAUGGGAGAGGAGGUUAUGACCUGUUUUUCAAAACCAGAGAGCUGAAAAAGAAGUGGCUGGAGCAGUUUGAGAUGGCAAUAUCUAACAUGUGCCCAGAAAACGCCACAGCCAACAACCAUGACUUCCAGAUGCACUGCUUUGAAGAGGCCUCCUCCUGCAAAGCCUGCUCCAUGCUCCUUCGUGGAAUAUUCUUCCAGGGCUAUCAGUGCACUCGCUGUAAGAUGGCUGCGCACAAAGAGUGCCUAGGAAGAGUGCCAGCGUGUGGGAGAAGCUCAGAUCACUCAGGAACUAUGAGGAAGCCUAAACCACGGGCCUCAGCGGCACCUUCCACAGGUUUCCCCAAGAUGGAAGCAUUCCAGGAUUACUUGGGCUUGCCCCCUCCGCCUGUGGGCUUUGGCUUGGCUCUGCCCCUGUCCAGAGGAGACGUGGUGGAGCUGACCAAAGCAGAGGCCAACAUGCAGUGGUGGGAGGGCAGAAACCUGACGUCAGGGCAGAUAGGCUGGUUCCCCAACAGCAAAGUGCAGCCUUACCGCUCAAGCCCGACUCCAGACCUGUCUGCUUUCAACUGGUUUGCAGGGAACAUGGACCGGGGCGAGGCCAAGAGCCUGCUCACGUCCCGCUCGGAUGGGACUUUCCUGGUGCGACAGAAGGAUGGGGGAGAGUUUGCUAUCAGCAUCAUGUUCAACAUGGAUACUCGGCACAUAAAAAUCACAUCAUCUGAUGGCCUGUUCCGCAUCAAUGACAAGAAAGCCUUCAAGGGACUGACGGAGCUCAUCGAGUAUUUCCAGCACAACUCUCUGAAGGAGUGUUUCAAAGACAUGGACACCACUCUGAGAUGGGGGUAUAAGCAAGCCGAGCAGAUCGCCCCCUACAGCCCAGCCAACAAUGCUCCAGGUGGAAACUCCCGGAAUAUGGGUGCAGCCAGAGCCCGGUACGACUACUCUGCCCGCGACCGCACAGAGCUCAACCUGCGAGAAGGAGACACCAUCAAGAUCCUGUCCAAGAAGGGCCACAGCGGCUGGUGGAAGGGCGAGGUUUACGGACGGAUCGGCCUGUUCCCUUCCAACUACGUGGAUGAGGAUUAUUCAGACUACAGUUGA